GACGAGAGCGAUUUCCGUGUCGCCGCCGGCGACGAGACCGGACAGCCUCCACUCCUCGCGCGCGCGGCGUCCAUGGAUAGCGCCGGCCAGGCGGGCUGGUACGUGCUCGGCCCGAGCCAGGAGCACGUCGGCCCCUACACGCUCACCGAGCUGCGAGGACAUUUUGCUAAUGGGUACCUCAACGAGAGCACAAUGCUCUGGGCAGAGGGGAGGAGUGAAUGGAUGCCGCUGUCUUCGGUUCCGGAGGUGCAUUCUGGGGUCACAAAGAAGGAUCAGCCCGAACAAGAAACUGAAGAUGGUUUCGAGAAAUUCCAGAAGGAGCUUAUAGAAGCUGAGUCAGAGGUGGAAGCGUUGAAAGACAAGACUGCAGAUCAUGACGUAAACAUACAGCUUGCCGUUGAUGAUCCUGACGAGCGACCAACAUCCCCACCAGAUGGUGUGGAAGAAUUUACUGACGAUGAUGGCACCAUCUACAAGUGGGAUCGCACCCUGAGGGCAAUGGUUCCUCAAAAUGAUGUAUCGGGUAAAACAGAAGGCUAUAAGGAGAAUGAUGUAUCAGGUAAAAAGGAUGAUUAUGGACUUGAAGAAAUGACUUUUGCAGUUGAGGAAGAAGUACUUCAACCACCAGAAAUUCCUGUUUCCUCCACAUUAGAUGAAAACAAUGCUUUAACUGAAAAACAAAACAAAGAACCAGAGAAGGUAGAAAAUAGACAACAAAAGAAGCGAAAGUCUAAAGAGAAGCCAGCUGAAAAGAAGGAAGCUGACAAACCUCCAGAAGCUUGGUUUGAACUCAAAGUUAACACAAAUGUCUAUGUUACUGGCUUGCCUGAUGAUGUCACAGCCGAGGAGAUUGUAGAGGUAUUUUCCAAGUGUGGAAUUAUAAAGGAGGAUCCAGGGACGAGGAAUCCCCGGGUGAAAAUCUAUACUGACAAGGAAACAGGCAGAAAAAAGGGUGACGCUUUAGUGACCUAUCUAAAGGAGCCUUCUGUACCUUUAGCAAUUCAGCUAUUGGAUGGGACAUCAUUCCGUCCUGGUGGUAAGACCCUAAUGUCCGUAAGUGUGGCCGAAUUUCAGCAGAGAGGUGAGGUUUUCGUGGCCAAGAAGGCAGAUAAGCAAAAGAAAAAGAAAGGCAAGAAGGUCGAAGAUAAGAUGUUAGGAUGGGGUGGACAUGAUGAUAAGAAGGUCAUGAUUCCUACUCAAGUGAUUUUGCGGAAUAUGUUCGCUCCUGUUGAAUUGAGAGAGAAUGAUGCUCUUCUUCCCGAGCUUGAGGUGGAUGUUAGAGAAGAAUGCGUGAAAUUUGGUCCGGUUGACAAUGUCAAGGUCUGUGAAAAUCACCCACAAGGAGUUAUAUUGGUAAAAUUCAAAGACCGGAAAGAUGGCCUCAAAUGCAUAGGGGCGAUGAACGGAAGAUGGUUUGGUGGGAGGCAGGUAGAAGCGAGCGAAGAUGAUGGUACAAUCAAACAUGCUCUGAUACGUGACUAUGAUGGCGAGGUGUCAAGGCUGGAUCGCUUUGGAGAAGAGCUAGAGGAAUCCACAUAGGGAGUCUCGAUCAUAUGGCAGUUUAGGACUGUUCUGUAGGUGAUAGGAUGAAAUUACAACAACAGCAAAACAAACGAAGCGCAGUUGGGUCAUCUGUUCACCCGGUUAAUCUUAGCAAGACUGCUUCUGGGUUAGCUUUAAGCAGCGGAGCCAAAAACUGUUACCAGUGGUCAGCAGCUAAACUUUGUCUUAAUGUACAUUACAGAGGUUGGGCCCUUUUUCCGUGUGCAAUCUGGUACUCUCAUUGACAUACAACCAAACCACUGAUACGAUACUUUUUUUAAAUAUAUGUCAGCUGUUACGAUACUGGA